AUGGCAUUCCCUAAGAAGUUUGGUAUAGGUCGUGAUACAGGUUCCUCAGACGCACACAACACAGCAGACAGCAGCAGCAGCAGCAGCAGCAGCAGCAGCAGCAGCAGCGAGAUGAUAUACCGUCGUACAGUAACGCAGCCUCCUUCCCCUCGUCCUCGUACCCCAUCAGGAGGAGGAGCAGCAGGAGGAGGAGGACCAUCAUCCUUAUCAGCAGUAGUAGGAGGAGGCCCAGGAGUAGGAGGAGCAGGAGCAGCAGCAGCAGCAGCAGCAGGAGCAGCAGGAGGUAAUUAA